AUGAAGAUUCAAGUUUAAACUCCUGUCGUAGAAUUAGAUGGAGAUGAAAUGACCAGAAUUAUAUGGUAACAAAUCAAGAAGUAUUUGAUCUUUCCAUUUUUAGAUCUCAAGAUUGAUUACUAUGAUCUUGGAAUGGAAAACAGAGACAAGACAGAUGAUAAAGUUACUGUUGAUGCUGCUAAUGCAAUCAAGAAGUAUAAGGUUGGAAUUAAAUGUGCCACCAUUACUCCAGAUGAAGCCAGAGUGAAGGAAUUUAAGUUAAAAUAAAUGUGGAAAUCACCCAAUGGAACAAUCAGAAACAUCCUCAAUGGAACAGUGUUUAGAGAACCUAUUAUUAUCAAGAAUAUCCCUAGAUUGGUACCAGGUUGGAAGGAACCAAUAAUUAUUGGAAGACAUGCAUUUGGAGAUUAAUAUAGAGCCACAGAUUUUUUGAUAAGUGAGCCAGGAAAAUUAGAGAUGGUAUUCACCAACAAACAAGGAUAAGUCACAAAAUAUCCUGUAUUCGAUUUUGAGGGAAAGGGAAUUUCAAUGGGUAUGUACAAUACUGAUGAAUCAAUCAUUGAUUUUGCACAUUCCUGUUUCAAAUAUGCAAUUGAUCGUAAUUAUCCUUUGUACUUAUCAACCAAGAAUACCAUUUUAAAGAAAUACGAUGGCAGAUUUAAAGAUAUCUUUUAAGAAGUCUACGAUAAAUAUUACAAAUAAACAUUUGAAUAAAAGAAAUUGUGGUAUGAACAUAGAUUGAUUGAUGAUAUGGUUGCAUAUAUGAUUAAAAGUGAAGGUGGUUUUGUUUGGGCAUGCAAGAAUUACGAUGGAGAUGUCUAAUCUGAUGUCGUGGCUUAAGGAUAUGGUUCAUUGGGAUUGAUGACUAGUGUUUUAGUUAGUCCAGAUGGAUCAGUUGAAGCAGAAGCUGCACAUGGAACUGUUACCAGACAUUACAGAAUGCAUUAGUAAGGAAAAGAAACAUCCACUAAUUCCAUUGCAAGUAUUUAUGCUUGGACUAGAGGAUUGUUGCAUAGAGCCAAAUUAGAUAAUAAUAAGGAAUUACACAAGUUUUGUACAACUUUGGAAUCAAGUGUCAUUUAAACAGUAGAAAAUGGAAUUAUGACCAAGGAUUUAGCCAUUAUUGUACAUAAUGAUAAUAAUGUUUCGAGAACCAAGUAUGUGAAUACUGAGGAAUUCAUAGUCAAGGUUGGGGAAUAGUUGAAAAAAAAUUUAGGUAUCAAAGCAAAUUUAUGAGAGUAUAUAAAUAUAUAUAAAAUAAUAAUAAAAA